GUUCUUUUCAUAUGUUACAAUGAAUCUAUGUUGAUAGAGAUGUAAGAAAAUGCUACAGGGAAGGACGAGCCUGUGUGGACAGCAAGAUGUGUAUCAUCCCACUGCUGGACUUGGCACCAUUCAGGAAAUAAAAUAUUGGACAACAUGAUGGCAUCUCCAGUAUCGUGUGGAAACAUGAAAUAAUGAAAAGGUCGGUUUAUGAAACUUUGGAACUGAACAAGUUAGGAUUUUGAGCGAAAUUUGAAAAUGGGAACUAUAUCUGAUGUAAACUAUAUGGAAUGCAAAUUUAAUCCAUAAAUGCUUAAUGCCACUCCAAUCGUCAAUAAGGUUUACCUUGGAAAAUCAGGCAUCGUCUUGAGUUUCUGUAGAAUAUUACAAAAUGUAUGUAAAUCAAGUAUAACAUGUUCGUCAAGUUGGGGAUGGUUUUCUGAAAACACAUCUAGAACACAAUACUGGCUCUCGAGUUUAAUAAUUCUGAUUGGACCAGUUUGGAUUGCAAGAGUAGCUACUGGAUACGGGACAUUUGUUCUGAAAGGUAUUCUUUCUUCAAAGAAUAUUUCAGGAAUUUGCUUGGAUGCAAAAGCAAAACCAAAUAUGGUUCUAUGUAUUGCUCAGCACCUUUGAACUCAUUAGAGACCCACUAUUCAGUGAUUGCUGAUCAUGAGGCUAAUGGACGAAAUGGCUGUUCGGAAAGCCCUGAGGAGAAACAGGCUCUGCAGGGAUUUUCUAAACUCUGUCUCAUACCAAGUGAGUAGAACCAUUUAUUCAAUUUUAAAUACCAACAUUAGUAUAGUUUGAAGUCUUGGGAGAGAAGAUAGAUGUUUUAUUAUGACUAGAUAAUUAUAGCUAUCUUCUUCCUUCAAUGAGAGCUCAUAGCUUUCGUCACCUGUCAACAAUUUCACCUGAUGACCUAUGCUGGAAAUUGGCCAUAUCCUGUGUUUUUAACUAGAAUUACCCCUGCUAACCUCGGCAGUAUCUGUAAUUAAGAGUAGUUAUUGAAAGACAAUGACAAUUGUGUGUCUAUAUGGAAGAUUUCACAUUGCCCCCCAGUCAAUAAGACCUGUCUACAUAUUGUGAGUCAAAUAUGUCUAUUUUUUACAUGGGCCCUGGCUAACUAAAACAAUCAGAUAAAAAGGCCUUGUUUUUAUAAGCUUUCCAAAUGCUUUAAUACUGUUAGAAUUUUUUUUAAUGAUUUAUCUACAUGAAUUCUCAUAUACUUUAAUGGUGACUAAAUCAUUUGUAAAGUUUCUCUGAUAGUAUUGAAUCAUUUUGAAGGCUGGUUAAAUGUAAACCCUAGUGGGAUAUGGGUGUAACAUGCAUGCUUUAUAGAAUGUAGUAACAAUGUAAAAGAAUGUCAUGGGAAAAAGUACACCCUAGUUGAAUAUUAUGGUUUUACGUAUCAGGACAUAAUAACAAUCAUCUGUUCCUUAGCAGGUCUUAAAAUUAGGUAAAUACAUUCUCAGACGAACAACCACACAUUAUAUAUAACACCGUGUUAUGAUUAUUUAAAAAAAUUAAAUCCAAAAUAAAGAUCCAUGUGUGAACAACUAAGUAUACCCUUACUGCUUCAAUAGGAAUUAAGAGACUAAGUGGCAGACAGGUGCUGAUAAUCAAAUGUCCUGAUUAAUUGAUCAUCAGUAAACGUGACCACCUCUAUAAAAAAAUAAGUUUUAGCAGUUUGCUGUCUGAAGCAUUCAUGUGUGUUAACACAAUGCCAAGGAAAAGACAUGAACAAUAAUCAAUUGUUGUUGCCCAAUGCGCACCACCAGUGGAUAUAAGCAAAAGAAAAAAGGUAAAAACUACCCUUUUUAGUAAACUGCAGAAAGUAAGAAGACUCCUCCAAAUCUCCAAACAAAAUAUAUAUAAAAAUACAAUCUACAAUACAAUAGAGAAAAAAACACAAAUAGUGUAAUAGUUAAACAAUCUCUAGCUUAUGAGUGCAAUAUAUUAACGACCCCCUUUUAUAGUGUAUUACACUAUGUGUUUUUUUUCUGUAUUUUAUUGUAGAAUGUAUUUUUAUAUAUAAACAUUCAAGACAGUAGCCAAUCUUUCCAGGAGUGGAUAUUCCAGCAAAUUCACCCCAAGGUCAGACCGUGCAAUACUCAGAGAAAUUGCAAAAAUCUCAAAAGCUACAUCUCAGACUUUACAUGCCUCAGAUAGCAUAUUAAAUAUUAAAGUUCAUGACAGUACAGUUAGAAAAAGACUGAAAAAGUAUGAUUUGUUUUGAAGGGUUGCCAAGAGAAAUCCUUUUUUCUCUAAAAAGAACAUGGCAGCAUGGCGUAGGUUUGAAAAAUUGCAUCUGACCAAAUCACAAGACUUCUGGAACAAUACUCUUUGGACAGACAAGACCAAAGUGGAGAUGUUUGGCCAUAAUGUACAGUGUCCCGUUUGGCGAAAACCAAACUCAGCAUAUCAGCACAAACACCUCAUAUCAAAUGUGAAGCACAGUGGUGGAGGGGUAAUGAUUUGGGCUUGUUUUACAGCCACAUGACUUUGGAACCUUGCAGUCAUUGAGUCAACCAUGUACUCUGUAUACCAAAGUGUUCUGUUCAACAGCUAAAACUUGGACGAAAUUUGGUCAUGCAACAGGACAAUGAACCCAAGCACACCAGUCAAUCUACAACAGAUUGGGUAAAAAAGAAAAGAAUCAAAGUUUUGCGUUCAAGUCCAGACCUCAACUCGAUUAAAAUGAUGUGGCAGAAUCUUAAAAGAGCUGUGCAUAAACAAAUGCCAGCAAACCUCAAUGAACUAAAGCAAUGUUGUAAAGAGUGGGCCAAAAUUCCUCCACAACGAUGAGAGACUGAAAAAAUCAUGCAGAAAACGUUACUUCAAGUUAUUGCUAAAGGUGGUUCUAUAAGCUAUUGAUUCCUAAGGUGUACUUGUUUUUUUUACAAAUGGCUUCUCCAUUUUGGCUUUAUUUUUGUUAAAUAAAUCAAGACUUGCAGUAUUAUGUCAUGUGUUGUUGUUCAUCUGAGAUUGUAUUUACCUAAUUUUAAUACCUGCUAAGGAACAGAUGAUUGCUAUUAAGUCCUGAUAUGUAAAACCAUAGAAAUUAGAGAGUGUACUUUCUCUUUUACAUGGCUGUAUACUGUGAGAGGAUUCUAUGAAGGCUUAGAUCGAACAUAGAAGAGAAAAACAGUCAUUAAAAGUGAUAACCCAGACUUAGCAUUUAGGAAAACGCUUUGUUUUUCCAAAACUUAUUUUUAUUAUAUUUUCAAUACUACAAUACAAUACAAAACAAAGGGAAUAUAACCAAAAAAGAAGGUGGACAUACAACUAGUACACACAAAACCAGUUUUGUACUACAAGCAUAUUCAAACGGGCAGGGAGGACCACUACAUCAUUAGCAUGAAUAAUAAAAAGCAAUGUCAUCCAGCUGUGUCAAUAGACCUGGCAGAUAUCAUUUGGUGAACAUAAUGCGGACAUCUCUUCAUCCGUCAAUGUUUUAGCCUGAACUGUGAUUGCUGAAGCAACAGGUUUUGUACCUAGUCCAUUAAGCAGUUAUGUAAAUAUUUAAUCAAUGGAUCAAACAAUGAGUUAUUUCAUGGAUUCAGUAAUUAGUAAUUACCAAUAAACACCGACAUCAGCAGACCAGCAAGGCAUCUCCCCAGAAUCCGUCCCCAACAGGAGAUCCCCCUCAUGUUACUUUCUCCUCUCCCUGUGAGCCCAAAACUCCUCAUCAAGGGAUGGCUUUGGAAUUUGGGAACAUUUUAUACAGUUAGAUGGAUGUGAGGUGCCAGUGCAUUAAUAACUUAUAGUGCUUAUCCGGAUGAUUCAUAUACCUGGUAAUUUUGCGGAUGGAAGAGAAAGCCUUUUUACCCAGAGUGGUACAUUCGCCUGAAAAUCUCCCGAACCCCUGCAUGGCUCUCGUGAAUAUAGUGCUCUCUUUAUUGCAUACCCAACCAUCAGUCGAGACCUGAUGAGUCUCCCAGGUUCUCAAUACAAAUAAAAAGAUACAGUAGAAAACCAGCGCUUAUUUGUUUAAAUUUCGAUAGACCAAUAUGUAAUUAUUUUUAGUUAGCUGCUAUACAUUCCAGUGUUUCCUUACAAUAACACCAUACAGAGAUACAAAAAAUAAAAGAAGAAUGUAGCGCUUUACAAAAGUUAAUUAAUUAAUCGCCUGUUAUGGAUCCAGAUAAAAUAUUUUUUGGUAAGUCAAGGUAUGUGUGGAUUCCUAUGCAAAACAAUCAAACAUAGUAUAGAUCAAAUAGUGAGAUAAUAGAUCUUAAAUAAAAUAUGUAUGCACUCACAAACGUGGAGCUAUAGACCCAGCUCUGGUUUAGAUCACUUUUGGGUCUGUUUAGUCGACCCACCCCUAUUGUGGAUAUAUGUCUUGUUCUGUAUAAGAGAUAUAAGUACACACAAUUGCGCAGUAUUGUUGAUUCAGUCUCUUAGAUAGAAUACAAAUCUUUGAAUAGGUGCUCACAAUUCUGGAGUCAUAAAUAAAGACUCAAUUUAAGAACGUUGUGCAGGUUUGGGACUGCACUCCCUUCUGUAUCAGAUGAAAGGCUGGGAACCAGGAUACGAAAAAUAAAAAGAUUUAUUUGCAUUAAAAGUAUAAACAAAUAAAAGUGCAACAAUGUGCUAAAUCCGGAACGCGGGAGUGCAGUCCCAGUGCCCAAUUUUCUAAAUACUUUCAUUAGUCCCUAGCCUUAUCUAAUAGUUAGGAUAGCCUUAUGCCUAUCCCACUAGAUGGGCCGAAUGGUUCUUAUCUGCCGUCACAUUCUAUGUUUCUAUGUUUCUAACUUACUACAGGUACACAUAGCCUAUGAAUCUACCUUCUGCACAAUUGCAGUUUCUCACAUCUGGCUUUAAGGUUGCUCACACAACAUGAAACGCAUUAUGUGUACUAAAUAACUAAUAAUAAAUCAAGCAGACAGCUCAAAUAUGUAACAGGUUUGGUGCCAAUGCGAUGGUUGCAUUGUAUUUUAUAAAGGAUACAAAGAAAAACAACUGAACAUUGACAUUGUAGGCCUAUUCCAAAUCAUGGGCUUGUAACUGCUUUUCCAAUGUUGAUCUUGCUUUGAGUGAAACUACGAACAGACGGAAUAGUCAGAUUCAUAUACCCUGUUCAUGUUCUGGGGCAAUUCGUCAUAGUCAAAUAAAUUGACUUGUACAAGGGAAGGCAUAAAUAACUGCAUUUAAGCAGCAUCAGAUAAGGUUUUAGUGGUGUGUGAGCCUGUGAAAGAAGGUAAGUGCCCCUGAUACCCAUCACACAAUUAUUUGGAAUUCUGAGCCUGAUAUAGAUACUAGGAUGUUCAGUGGCAAACACCUUGUGUUGGAGAGUACUCUGGGUUGCACACUGCCUAUAACCAAUAAUAACACAAGGCAUCAUAAAUAUGAAAAGACAUAAAUAUGAAAAGACAUGGAGAAACAAGCAUUGGGAUGUUACAUUAAAAACAGUAAAAACAAUGUGCUUAUUAAAAAGAAAACAGCAGGAGCCAUGUCUUUCAGGAAGCGGUGUUCUAUCCAGGUUGCUAAUGGAUGAUGACAAAGUAUUUCCUUUCUUCAGACAUAAUCAACAAGGCCGCCAUCGGGGUAUAUAAACUGUACACCUGUAAGAGGCUUAGAUAACUCUGUUUCCACACACACUGAAUCCACUAUACACACCCACACAUUACAUCCUUUAUAUACACACACUAUAUCUAUUACACACACACAUUGCUUCUCUUCUACAUACUACAUACACUAUACACAUGCACACACUACAUCCCCUACAGACACUGAAUUUCCUACACACAUACACUACAUUCCCUUAACACACAUUGCAUCCCCUACAAACACAGACUGCAUCCUAUAUUGCAACUCUAAGGGCUUGCAAGAUGGUGGUGGAAUGGAGGGUGGACCUUGUUGGUGGAGCAGGUGCUGGGGACACAGGCCUUGAUCUAUAUAAGGGACCCCACAAUUUAUGAUGGCAGCCUAGGCUAUCAAUAACUGGCUACAUUGGAAGACAAAUGUUUGUUACUGGAUAUGAUUGAAUAUAAAUCCAUAAUACCUCAUUUUCUAAAGUUACAGAACACUUUUUGCUAGCAUGUUUGUUCACAGCUCUGAUUAACAGACAACCUAUCAUCUUGCCAUUUCAGUAGCAGAUUUACAUAAUAUUGUGUGAGAUUACAGCUGGAGCUGUAUAAAAAUAAAUGUCACUUUUCCAAAGAGUUACCACAGGAAAUAUCCCCACACUCUUUUCUCCAUUCCACCAUUCAAUAGGCCUUGGAAAGAGGCUGGUAAUAAUUACAGGUGUCCGGCAGAACCUCCGUUAACUGGAACUGUUUGUUUUCUUCAAUAACUUCCUCAGAGCAGAGCCUCUUGAGAUGUCCCACAUUCUAUUGCCCUAUUAUUGUGGGAAUUCCAGCAAAACAGCAGACAUUUAUGCAAAACCACAAAGCACAAUAUACUGGUUAAACCAUAUAUACUGUUAUGCAUCCAUGCAAACCUUCCUAUUCUUUAUUUAAUUUAUUUCCAAUAAAUUAAAGAGUAUAGAUGAUAUAUUAUAGUUGCAUCACCAAGUGUUCCUCCCUUUUAGAUAUGCUGCUGCUGUGGACCAUCUCCAUGCUCCUUGUGCUGCCAAUCCUGUCCCAGCAUUAAAGCAUCCACUGGUACCAGAGUACUGUAUACCUUCUUCCACAUUAUGGCCUCCACAGUCUGCUGCCUCAUGCUCUCCAGAAAGGUGUCAGAGGCUGUCAAGGAAAAUGUAAGUAAAGAUAUCACACUAACGUGAUCUGUCUUCAAGGAGUUCUUUUUUUUUCACCUAUCCAGUUCACAUAACACCUUACCUACAAGCAUUACAAAUGGACAAAGAGAGACACUUUAAGGAUGUGGCCAGGGCCAAGGCUGCUAAUUUUAUGUUACUUACUAAUAACAAUUUAUGCAACUAAAAUGGAGUUUAGAACAAGAACAAUGUGUUUUAUUUACACAUGCUGAUUUAUGAACACAUUUCAUUUAAAGACUCAUUACUGUGAGUAUUAUUGCAGUGGAGCUCUGUUAAACAUUAAGUUAUACCAACAAUAUGGAGUUUGUAGAAAAGAUGGACAUUAGAAUAGAAAAGAGGGACAGAGGAAUUUGGGCCCAAAAUAGGGACUGCACAACCUAAAGAGGGACACUUGGUAGAUAUGCAAUACACAGAGUUAAAUGUAGGAAUCAACAAAUGUCUGAGAUGCACAAAUCCUUUUAAUAUACACUACGUACCAUGACACUUAAAAAAUUAUUGUCUGUAGCCAAUCAUUUGUCUGUAGCCAAUCAUUUGUCUGUAGCCAAUCAUUUUCUCUGCGGUAGACAUAGAAGUUGUAUAGAGCCGUAGAAUAAGGUGACAGCAAUAUCUAUCAUUAGUAAAGUGAAGACUGGUGUGUUGAUUCUCUGUUUGAUGUAUGCUUGACCAUUCAUAUGGUGAUCAAACAUGCUGAACAGCACAACAUCCACCUAUAAGCAGCAGCACCUAAGGUCACCAGUAAGGGGAUUAACGGUAUUAAACAUACGGGAAUUGGCCUUUGUAAUGAGCUGCUCAAAGUUGCAUUGUUUAACCUAUCACUCCAAUCUUGUAUUCUGACCUGUUUAUGUUACACACUAAUGUCUAAGCCCCAAGUGCUCUGUUUUACACUUUUGUGGCAGGUGCCUUGGCUCUCUCUUUUAUGCAAGCACCUUCCUGGAGGAUCGGACUGUGAUAUCCUUGUAGGGUAUACGGCUGUGUACAGGGUUUGCUUUGGAACAGCGUCUUUCUAUUUCAUCCAGUCCGUGUUCCUUCUGAAUGUGAAAUCUACACAAGAAUUCCGAGCAAUGGUUCAUAAUGGGUAAAUAUCACUUCUGUUCAGUUACUGUAUCACUACGCGCUAAAUCCAGGGAUUCAGUGUAGAAUACUGUGUUCUGAAAAAUGGUACAAAAUUCUAAAAGUGGGGUGGUCACCAUGGAAACCAGUAGAAAUCAGCAGGCUCAAUCCUUUAGUGACGCAUCAUUUCCUAUUACAUCUUUCCACAAUUUUCAGAACAGAACAUUUUGAUAAAUUUCCUCCGAGGCACUUAACAAGAAACUCAAAUAUAUCACUUUUAAAAAACAGUAAGUAGCACAAAUAGUAGGUACUGCUACUAUUUCUCAUAUAGGUCAUUAUUAUCAAUUUCCUUUUUAAUGUUGAUUAACACAACAGGUGAUCUUGUUGAAUGAUAGGUUAGAUGGUAUAUCGUGGUCAUGCAUAGAAAUUAGUAUUUAUUAAUUUGUGUUAUAAAAAUAUAGUUUGAUUUCUUAUAAAGCAAAUUAUCAAUCUCGUUUUGAAUAUGUGGUGUCAUUUGUUUAAGAGGAGGAUAUUAUGAACUGGAAAAAGUGCAUAGGGAAGGUCAAAUCAGUAGCAAUUAUUAGCCAUUCUAAUACAUAAAUAAAAACAACAAAAUGGAUCAAAUGCAUUUCACUGUGUGUGUCUAUAGGUAAAAAGAUGACUGUGUGCAAAACGCCAGUACCUUGGCGAAUGCAAAAAGUAAUUUGCAAAAUAUAUAUAACAAAAAUAUGCAGUUUAAACAGGUAUGUUGAAUACACUGAGCUCAUUCAAUAUAAACUUUGGAAAGGGGCGAUUGCUAAAAUCAUCACUUGUGCAUUGCAAAGAUAAUAUUAUUUAACCCCUUAAGGACCAAACUUCUGGAAUAAAAGAGAAUCAUGACAUGUCACACAUGUCAUGUGUCCUUAAGGGGUUAAAAAGCAGAAUUCCCUAGUAUACAGUUGGGCAAUAGCAACGCUGUUCAAUUGGUAAGUUUACAGUCUAGUAAUUGAAUAAAAUAGUAAAUUAUUGACUUCAUGUAAAUAAAUAUGUCUAAUAACAGACACAUUUUAUACUAUAAAAGUGAGACAAAAAUGUGGGAAAUAUGCAUUAAUAUAUAUAAAUGUUGUUGUUGUUUUUUCAUUAUAACGAGUAUACAGGAAAACUACACAAUAUAUUUAAAUUUUAUCUUCCCUUGUAUACAUUUCCCACAAUGCAUAAAACAUAUUAAACCUGUUAUGUUAAUGUGAAUGUAAAGGCAAAGUGUGACAAAGAGCACAUAGGAUUUAACUGCAUUGAAGAGUUGUUUUAUCUAGACAAUGAAAGUAUUGAGGAUGAGGAAUAGUACAGUAACAAAAAAGUCCAAUCCUUAAAGGACCACUAUAGGCACCCAGACCACUUCAGCUUAAUGAAGUGGUCUGGGUGCCUGGUCCAGCUAGGGUUAACCCAUUUUUUUUUAAUAAACAUAGCAGUUUCAGAGAAACUGCUAUGUUUACACUGAGGGUUAAUCCAGCCUCUAGAGCCUCUAGUGGCUGUCUCAUUGACAGCCGCUAGAGGCGCCUGCGUGCUUCUCACUGUGAAAAUCACAGUGAGAAGACGCCAGCGUUCAUAGGAAAGCAUUGUAAAUGCUUUCCUAUGAACUGGCUGAAUGCGCGCGUGGCUCCUGCUGCGCAUGCGCAUUCAGCCGAUGACGUCGCUAGGAAGGAGGAGAGGAGGAGGAAAGCUCCCAGCCCGGCGCUGGAGAAAGGUAAGUUUAACCCCUUCCUCUCUCCAGAGCCCAGCGGGAGGGGGACCCUGAGGGUGGGGGCACCCUCAGGGCACUAUAGUGCCAGGAAAACGAGUAUGUUUUCCUAGCACUAUAGUGGUCCUUUAAUAGAAAUCUUGUACUUCCAUUUUUUUGUGGGGGGAAGGGGGUUGAUUCACAUAUAUAUUGUUAAGUAUCUCUAAGUUCUUCUGUGCUUGUUGUUUUUCUGCAAAUAUAUAGAGCCACGUUUUAUUGUGUGUUAUUUUGUUUAAUCAGCUUAAUUAAUCAGCUUAGUUUAAUCCUUAAAUUUCUGUAAUUGUAUUGCAAUGUUCAUAGAUAGAAAUAGAUUUUUCACUGUCUUUUAUGUGCCACAAUUAAUGGGAUCACUUAAUAACAAAUUUUGGUGAGUUGAAUGCCGACUGGGAUUUAUUUCCAUCUCCUAUAAUUUAGUCUAAAUGUUAAUAGACUUUUCAAUAGUCAACUCCGUGUGUCAAUCUAUUCACUGAUAAAUGCUACAUGUUAUAUAGUGCUUUAUACUGCAUUACUAUGUACAUUGCUCUCAUCUUAUGUUUUGUUUUGUUUAGGUUUUGGUUUUUAAAGUUUCUGAUUUUAAUUGGAAUGUGUGUGGCAGCAUUCUUCAUUCCCAGUGAAUCUUUUAUAAAAGGUAAGAUAAAGAUUUCUGUGUGUACCAAGGUUAGCGUUUGUAUGUUUGAGUCAUAAUGAAAAUAUAUUAGGCACAAGUCUUUGAAAGCCUCCAAGAGAUUUUCCAUCCAUCCAUCGAUCCAUUCCAUCCCAUCUUAUGUUGGUAUAUCUCUUUUGUUUUUGCCCUUUUUACCAUAUUUGUAUACCUGUCAGGAUCAGUGUGGAACCUAAAUGUAAGACCUAUAACACAAUAAAUAGAAAUAGACUUUCCGUGUACCGGUCCUUAGAGUAGCCAGACUAAUGGUAGAAGAGUCGGAGAGAAUGUCUAAGUCAAGGACAGGAGAAAUACGGAUAAAUUAUUAAACAAACCAAGGUCAAAGGAUUACAGAUAUCAGGAGAAACGUAUGAACAGACAAAAGCAGAUACCAGAAAAAGGAUACACAAGGUACACGCUCACAGGCUACUAGAACCACAACAGGGCAACAUGGAGGAAAAUCUACAAUUCAGAUCCACAUUCAGUCUUGCGAACGCGCCAUUUGGACCCAAAUUUGGAUGUCUACAAAACCCCACAGCACACGAGCGUGCAGCGUUGCAGAGAACGCCAGGGGACCCAGGAACGACCGACACAAUCCUAACAAUAACACAGAGGUUUAAAUUAAAGUUGGGAUCUUCUAAAGGAAUCCAGAUGUUCAUGUUUAGCUAUGUUUCUCAGGAUGAAGGACGAGGAUUAAAUUGUGGGUGACACCUGACGAGAGAAAGCACAUGAUCAAGUACCACGUUAAAUUAAUACAAAUGUUCUGACUUACUGAUAAAUCAUAAUAAUCCUCCAUUUUUGGAAGCUGAUGGACUGGUCUUGCCAUUAAUCUCUAAUUCUGUACAUUUUACUCUGGUUCAGUCAGCACUGCAAGCAACAUGGGAGAUACAAUGGAUCCCUGUCAUAGUCCACAUUUCUGUAGUAGAGAUGUAGAGAAGAAUAGACCUGAUAACAGUGUCUAUGAUCUACCAGAUAAGAAGCAUUUGAACCAGCUAAAGCUAUGACAUUCAGUCUACAUAAUUCUUUAACACCUUAAGGACCAAACUUCUGGAAUAAAAGGGAAUCAUGACAUGUCACACGUCAUGUGUCCUUAAGGGGUUAAGGGGGUUAUAAUUCCAAGGUCUAUUGAGUCUAAAGCUCCAGAUUGGUCAUGUGAGAUUACAACUGAAUUUACAAAUUCGUCUGUUGGCCUAUAUAGACAUAUAUGAUUGUACAUAUUGUGCAGUGAUGCGCAACCACUUUGAUUGCUGUAUAAGUUACAAAUUACAUUUUUUAAAAUGAAACUUGUCACUCAUGUUUGCAAAUUGUGCUAUAACUAGCAUGGUACAAGUAUUAUCUCACUAGGGGGCAGUGUGUCACUGAAACUCUCUUAAUCAUUCGUAGUCAGAAGCACGAAAACAUGGAUUUCAUCCAAAAAGUUAGAAUUGCGGCAUUUUUAAUUUAGUGCCUAUUAUUCCUGUUCACUACCAGUUAAUUAAAACACGUUGGAGGCUUCAAAUACCAAACUUGGGAGUGCUGAUACAAAUUUGGAUGUUUCCCUGAAGCUUAAGUAAACUAUAGCGUGUGUCAAUCUGUCAAGCUUUGAUAACAUACUCUAGAGUGCAAUUUUUUAUAGCAGAUGUUGCCAGAAAAAACAUGCAUUUGGGAAAUUUAAAAAAAUCUACAAAUGGUCAAUUCUUAUUAAUCUAAAUAUUGAAAAUUGCAGAUAUUCUGUCGUUCAUAUUCUACAAAAACAACGUUUGAUGGCAAUUAGAAUUUAAUUUGCCAUUUUUUCUGCCCAUUGACCCUUUAAAAAUGGCUCUCCUGCUUUUCAGCUUUUUAAAUUAAUUAUUUUCCCCUCAUUUUUAUUUUUUGUCCUUUUUAUCGUUCCAUAUAUAUUGUAUAUGUUUAUAUUAUCCUGUUUAUGCUGCAAUCUAUGCAUAUGUAGAAUUUACAAGCAUCUUCCAGCUGGCUCAGGGUUAUGGGAUUUGCAGUCCUCAUUCAUCUAAAAUGUCUUUGCCUACCUGUAUUUUAAUUGUUUUACAGCGAAUACAUUUUUAGGUGUACCGAGUAAGGCCCUGAUUUAAUAUUUUUGUAUAAGCUUUUCAAAUGAUGUAAUAUUUGUGGAUAAACUUUAAAAAUGUAUGUAUUUAUUUCUUUUUUUUUAAAAAAUAUUAAAAUAUUUAAAAAAUCUAUCAUAAAUUAAAAAAUAUCAAAAAAAUUACAACAUUUUUCAAAAUAUUCAAUUAUUUUAAAACUUUAUCCAAAAAUAUUCAACUGAGGCCUAAAAAAACUUCUUUGCUGGCAAAAUGUGGUAAAAUCAGCAGAUUUCCACUGGAUUUGUGAUUCAGAAAUGUACUAUUUGCUCUGUGUGGUGUGAGUUUUAUGGUGUUUGGCCACUCCACAAUCGUUUUGACACUGAGCUAUAUGAUCUCAAAGGGAGACUUUAACUUUCAGGCUAGAACGGGUGCCAUGUUAAUGAGAUCCCAAGGUUGAAAAUGCAGUCCAUGGCUGCUUUCUGGUCACAUAUUAUUUUGGAUUAUAAACCAUGCUUUGAUUAAAACAAAAAACUGUGUUUAAAAGAUUGUCCAUUGGUAUAGUUGCUGCAUGAGUCACCAUGCCUAUCUGUGCUCAUUUGCAUGUCAAGCUGGGAACUCUGGGAUAGUUGUAAAAACAUGAUUUUUUCAAGUGUCUGUGCCCAAGAAGGACUUCUCAAGUAUAUAUAUAUACAUAUAGUACUAUAUAUAGUUUUUUCUGAGUUUUAGUUCACUUAAAGGGACACUCCAGGCACCCAGACCACUUCUGCCCAUUGGAGUGUUCUGGGUGCCAACUCCCACCACCCUUAACCCUGCAAGUGUAAUUAGUGCAGUUUUUAUAAACUGCAAUAACUACCUUGCAGGGUUAAGUCCUCCUCUAGUGGCUGUCACUAGAGGGACUUCCAUGUUCUUAGAACACAAAAAGUGUUUUAAACGAAGCUGGACGUCCUCACGCUAUGCAUGAGGACCUCCAGUGUCGCCAGAUUACCCAUAGGAAAGCAUUGAAUAAUGCUUUCCUAUGGGGAGGUCUAAUGCGCAUGCGUGGCCAUUGCCAUGCAUGCGCAUUAGUUGUCCCCUGCUGGCUGAUGUCGGCGAGGGAAGAGCAUGGGCGGAGCCUCACCAGGGACAUCGGCGCUGGAUUCAAGUAAGUCACUGAAGGAGUUUUAACCCCUUCAGCAACAUGGGAUGGGGGCUGGGAGGGAGAGGGGCACUUUUCCUGGCACUGGAGAGUCCCUUUAAAGUGCAUCUGACCACCAGCAAAUUCAGAAUAUCAGGUUUUCCAUUGUACAGCGGAGUGUUUCUAUCAUUCAAGUGACUAUUUCCUUAUUUCUUUCUGGACUCCAAGCACUCGGUUGCAAAUUUUGUUAGUGUCCAGAGAUGAUACAUUCAGUACAUUCACAUGCAUUAGCAAUCCAUCCAAGUGUUUGGUAAUUUUGCUCAGAUUUUUGCCACUCCAUGAACCUGAAUUGUCCCAGAUUAUCAGUAAAAGCCAAUUAUUACAUGAUUUAUUUUUUAAUAUUUUAUUCUGUCAGCAUCCAAAGACAUGCACAUCUUUAAAAAAACAAAACCCUAUAAUUCACAAGUAACUUUGAGUGACUUGAUUGUGUUGGCCUGAUAAUAGAGGGACUUCCGUCGCCUUUGCCAACCUAUUUCAAACCUUCUAUCUGUAACUUGGGUAACCAGCAUAAUACUAGUGCUUUGUUGUGAUCAAUGUGUGUGUUUGAAUUAUUUUAGAGUAAAUGCAUUUCUAAUUUAUUGCUUUUUUUUGUUCUAACAGUUUGGCACUAUGUUGGGAUGUGUGGUGGAUUCUCUUUCGUCCUCAUUCAACUGAUUCUUAUAACUGCUUUUGCUCACACUUGGAACAAGAAUUGGUGAGUGGUUUCCUGGAAUUAAAAUAAUGAGUUUACUGAAUGUACUGACCUUCUAAACUGAUUACUUAAAGGAAUACGCUGAUUAAAAAUAAAGAUACCUUUAAUCUGUUGUGUACCUUAAUCAAGUAAGGUAUAGGGUUCCUCACUACUAAAAGAGGAAUUUGGCAAAUAUGUAGCAAAUACGUAUAAUAGAAAUACUAGCAAAUCAAGAGGGAAAGAGAAGCUGUCAACUGUCUUAGCGCUCCAAGACUAAUUGGAUCUUUGAGGUGAUCAUCACCUUUUGCAAUUAGUCAGUUGUUUCAUAUCAAUAGCACUUACAGACCGAACAAAAUGGUGCAUUAUUCACCCUGUAGCCCUUUCUCACACAUACAUGCCUCACCAUCAUGUUUUAAAACAUAUCAUUUGUUAAUUUACAUUUUUGAGUACUGUGGAGGCAUUUAUAUUAAAUAUCACUAGACUUUAUUUUAACCUAUGCACUUUUAAUAGAAACAACAGUUCAAAUAAAACGUUAAGCUGAACUUUGCAGAAUGAACAGGUUUCUUUUGCAAAGAAAUUCUGUUUUAACAUUGACAGCAAUAUCACGUUGGAACAGAACCAUGGACAACAUCUUCAGAGAGAUAAAAUGGCAUAUAAUAGAAAUAGACUUUUUAGAUUCGAGUCAGUACUGGAAGAAUUGUACAAUGAGUACUGAAAUAUUUAGUUUGGUUGGUGCAUGCUACACAUUAUCUAUAUACACUGCCACAACUAUAUGCGUUAACACAUACCACGUUCAUACAUUUCACUUUAACAAGCGAGGAUUUAUUGCUUUGCAAACAGAAGCCUGUAUUUCAAGGCCACAAAGACAUGAAGUGCUUGUGUCUGCAAUAAACAAAGUUACAGUAUGUCUAUAAUAUGUCUAUAAUAAUUUUUUUUAAAAACCCUCUCCUCUGUUUCCUAGGCUGACAGGGGCAUCUAAAGACAAACGCUGGUACAUUGCCGUUCUGAUGGCCACAUUGCUAUUUUAUUCCAUGGCGUCUUUGGCUUUCUAUUUCUUGUAUACAUACUUUACUCAUCCGGCUGGCUGUCUGCUGAACAAAGGCCUGAUAAGCAUUAACAUUGGAUUGUGUAUAGUCAUGUCCUUCAUUUCGAUCACACCUUGUGUUCAGCUCAGUAAGUCUUGUUGUAACAUUCCCUCAAUGUCAAGUUUGUAAAGAUUUAUCGACGUUCAGCAUCGACCUUUAAUCAUCAGGACACAAUCGAUCAUAAAACCUAAGGAUAGCAGAGGGAUAAUGUCUCUGAAAGACAUUAUCUCAUAGGCAUUAUCCCUCUGCUCUCCUAAGGUUAUAUGAUUUAAUUGCUACAUUGUAUAUUGUUCAAACUCUCUGUGUGUAUAUUCUGUACUCACCACAACUACCUUGUAACCUACACGCGAUUAGGAUUCAUAAUUGUCUCUAUCUUAUCAUUCCUUUAACAAGCAGCCUCCAUUGCUCCUUAACCCCUUCUACCCCAUUUCUUACUUAGAGCUUACGAGCUCCCCUUUAUUUUGUGUUUAUAAGUUUCCUUUUUUUAGUGUUUUUUUUUUUUUGUCUUUUUGGUUCAAUUACUGUUCCUUUUUAAACAUAUGUAAAUAAAUUUAGUUUUAAUUACAUUAUAUUCAUAUAGGGACUUUACUUUGUCGUCUGGAUUUUAUGUCAAUAUACUAUUUGGGGUUCCCUGAACUCUUAUUAAUAAAUGAAACCCAUCUGAAUAUACCGUCCCUUCUGAGCACAGGAAAGUAUGAUAAAAUUAUUCCUGUGUGAAUUUGGGGGAGUUGAAAGAAAAUCCCCUAUAUAUAUAUGUGGCUUUGUAAGUAAUACCCCCUUUUUUAACUCCAUGUUUUGGAAAAUGAUUAAUACAUUACGCAGAGAUGAAUUGAAUCAGAUUAGAAGCUUUGGCAAAAGUAGAGCAGAAACCCAGAUACUUAAUCAUAAUAACUGUUUUAUUGCCCUUUUUUGGCUAUAACGUAAAGCCCUUUGUACUUUGUGUAUGCACAUCUGCCAGGGCCUUUAUUAUAGAAAGUAGCACAUUGUAGCAUCAGCCAUUGAUUCACAGAAUUACAGCAAAUUGUUCAUGAUUAUAUGACUGUGUACUGUAUGACAACUUGACUUUCAAUCUGACUGAUGUUAUAUCCCCAUUUCACCCUAGGCUCCAAUAAAGUUUAGUGACUCUGUAUCAAGUGUAUUCCCACAGAUAGGAGUUGUCUUGUUUUAUUCAAUAAGAUAUAAAGCCAAAAUAAACAUUGUUAGCAUACAACACAGGCUGAUUUUACUGAUUAAUGUAUUUAUUGCUGUAUAAAAUCCUACGUGUCAUAAAAUCCUUUUGUACUAAAUCUGAGUUUGUUACAUUUAUUACCAGUAAAUGAUACUUGAAAGAGAACAAAUGUUUUAUUUGUAAAGUGAAAAGGAAAUGGUACAUACAUACAAUUGAAGAAUUUCAUCAUGGCAAAUAUCAUACAGUCUCUUAUAAAAUCAUUUUUAAUCAUUCUGUUUAUUUUACCAAAAAUUUGGCAUUUUCAUAUAUACAGAAAUAAAAAAAAGCUUUUCUAAAAAUAUUAAAUAGAGGCCGACAUGCAUUUUAACGUCUGUGUAUAUUAUUUUGUAUUGCACACAGAUAUACGCAUACUUUAGUGUUGAAUUACUGCACCCUUGUAAAAAAGAGUGCACUAUAUUACCAUGUGGAUUAUUUGAUGGGCAGAUAGAUGCACCCACAAUGGUUCUGGGUGGCAGAAGCUAUUUUUCAGUAAAUCCUUUUGUUUUUAAAAAUUGAUCUAAUAUAUACAUUUUUUCCCCAGUAGAUUCUAUAAAAAUUGAUAAGUAGAUCAAUUUAAAAAGAAAGGGAUUUACUGAAAAAAAGCUUCUGCUACCCAUCAAAUAAUCCAAAUAUUAAUAUAGUGCAUUGUUUUUUUUACAAGGGUGCAGUUAAUAUUUCUUAAAGCGUAAUGAUUCCACAAGGGUUAAUAAGUUGGCUUCCACUGCAACUCCCAACUUCAUCAGAAACAAGUAAUUUAAAAAAAAAGUAAGGCACUGAUGUUAUUUCUUAUUGUAUUAAUCGCACGAAUUGCUAGUAUGUUAGGUAGCCACUGGGUUGCAUUAACUCUCCUUUCCAAUAUUUUCUCUAUUUUAAAAGUGUCAUGUUUUUGUUCCCUAGAACAGCCCCGAUCUGGACUGCUCCAGGCAUCCAUUAUCAGCUGCUACGUUACCUACCUCACCUUUUCAGCUCUGUCGAGCCGGCCCCCAGAAAGAGGUCAGUGAAAACCUGUUUGCAAGGAAAAACAAAAUAUGUUCCGGAGAAUGCAACCUGUCAGCCCUUGUCAUUCCUUUGUUGUGUCCUCAUUUCAACCCUUGCAUGUGGGAUCACAGCAAUGCCGGCUUUUUCAAUCCCACCGUUUGAUCAAAUCCACCACAAUCUUUCUGUGUCAUCAUUAUUUGGGCCUUUUAUGAAGUAGAUUUUGUUCACCGUGAAGUUUUUUUUUUGCUGUUAUUUCUAUCGAAGUCUCUCCAAUGAAUCAAACAGUAAUGAUAGACACGUUGCGAGAGAACAAUGCCAUUGUUUUACGUGACAAGUGGCUUUUUCUAACUUUGUUUUGUCCAGUCUUUGAAGUUGUAGGAAUAAUAGUGAUAAAUAAUGUCUUCUAUUCAUUGUUUGCUCUCCAUCGUACUUUCUAUUCCCGCUGUUCUACGUCUUUUCUCUCUUCUCUGUCCAUUUGAGUGAUUAUUACACCUUUGUAUUUGUGUUUUGAUCAGUACAGUACAAAGGGGAAAAUCUCACAGUUUGUUAUCCGAGUAUUAGUAGAGAUGGGCUGCAAACAGAAGACGCCUCUAUUGCCAUCAUUGGUGCAGCCAUCAUGUACGCAUGUGUCUUGUUCGCAUGGUAGGUAGACAUUCAGCGUAAAAUAUUAUACACGGGAUAACACUGUUUACAACAUCCUUUUAUUUAUUGGUUUUUAAUAUGUGGCAGUCAAAGAAAUGGGUAUGACCCAAAAUUCAAGUUUUAACAUACAUUUCCGUGUGAACCAAUAAAGGUAAGUUUAAAAAAUAUAUAAAAAAUUGCUGGUUGUGUAUCCAGGCUUCUGGGGUGGGAGUAUGUCAGAUCUCUCAUGCUAAUUUCUCCUAAUUUUUGGUUAUUACCCCACUCCCUCUAGCAUGUAAGCUCACUGAGCAGGGCCCUCAACCCCUCUGUUCCUGUGAGUCCAACUUGUCCAGAUACAAUUAUGGGUAUGUUAGUCCACCCAUUGUACAGCGCUACAGAAUUUGCUGGCACUUUAUAAAAAAUAAAAUAAUAAUAAUAUUAGGUAAAUGGAUCCCAAAGCGAACCACCUAUUUUGAUAGUCAUAUAGGGGGCUCAUUUCUAAUACUAACUAUAUACUAUACUAUAUACUAACCUUAGUUAUUUGUAUGUUUUUAGCCUUAUUAUGGAGCUUAGGCCUUUUUAAAAAAAAUUAUGGAGAAUAUGCCAGUUUUCAGAAAUUAAAUAUUCAGCUAUGUGUUAUUUUUCAACAUACUGAUGACAGUCUUAACAAUAUGGAAUGGAGGGGCGGACGUGUGGCAUAUACUAUAAAUAAAGAUAAUUAUGGUAAAUAUUUGGUUAUCUUACAGUAGCAGUCCUUGUGAACUGCUAUAAAUCAGGGUUUAUUAAACGUACGUGAAGCUGGAGUGGAAACGAUGAUAAGGUCACCAUCGGAGUAACACGAAAAGCCUGUGGAAUUGCUGGUUCUCAGAGCAUGCAAAGUAUUUGUCCUAAUUAAGCCCAUGAUAUUAGAAGUUCAGGCUACCACGGCCAACAGCAGCUGCCCCUUCUAUAUCUAUUCUCCAUCACAGCUCUACUUAUGGACAUGUGCUCGGUCUAACGCGCUGUAAAUAUUUGUAUCUAAGUUGCAUUGUUGUGCAUCCACGCUAUUUACUGCUUCUAGUUAACAAGGGGGCAGGGGUUAGCCAUAAACAGCUCUGCUUGUUGCCACAUAAAACAGAGAAGACAAUGGAGAGGGGGAAAAACACUUUCCAGUAUUACACAGGACAUAGGUGUGAUUUAGUGAUCAUGCUUUCACAGCUGGGACUGCAGGACAGUCUGUGCUACGCCUCCACUGCCUCCUAUACUAAAGAUUUCAAAUCAGUUCAAAUUACUUCUUUGCUAAAUGUUCUAGGAAAAGAGCUCCCAUUGGAAUAUUCAGGGCCGUGUACAAAUGUACAAUAAGGCUUCCACCUUCCUCUUUGUUUUUUGUUUUUUGUCCAAUCUUUUGCCUUACGUGUUUUCUUUAAUUUCCUAUCAUAUUAUUUUGUCCUUGCUAUUUAAUUUCCAGAGAAUGGGGUUGUGUCUCAGCCUGUGCAUUUUUGUUCCUCCUCUAAGUGUUUUUGUUCCUCCUCUUAGUCCUUUGUGCUGUACUAAAUCCCUCUACAAUUACACGUACAAUGAUUUAUAUAGCGCCAGCAUAUGCCACAGGGCUGUACAUUAGAUAACCCAAGACAAUUAAUUCUAACAAAACACAUUUGACAUAUAAGAAGAGUAUGUCCUGCCUAAACGAGCUUACAAUAUAAAAUUGUAUUAUUAUUGUUAUUACGUGCAUUUAUAUAGUACCAACAUAUUCAGCAGGGCUUUAUAAAUUGGGGAUAUUUGACAUCAAGUUAUUGAUAUUAAAAAAUUAACAGAGACAAGAGGUGAGGAAGGCCCCGUUCAAACAAACUUACAAACUGUCACUUUCCUUUCCCCCUUCCUGACACACUCAUUCCCAAAUCAGGAUAUAUUUAUUAAUUUAUUAACCGGCCACAACACUCACAAAAUAAAAUAAAUAUACCUUCAGGAUGUCAGGUUCCUCAUAUCUCACUCCAACAUGCAGUCUCGAGUAGCCUAAUUAUUCCAUUAUGGCGCUUGCUGCCUUAGUUAUCAUUGUGGGUGCCUUGCAAAUUAUUGUUUAGGAUUCUCCAUCUCUGUCCAUUUCCUGUCCAAUAUAAUUGAUUCGCAUAAACAUCUCUUCAAUCCCACCAGACAUGUCUCUUCCUAUAUCCUUCUUAGUGUCUCUCUCCAUCCUUCCCCCAAUGUCUCUCCUACUCCAGCUCCGUAUCUGUCUCUAUCUCCCUAGUUUCUCCUUCUCCCAGUGUUUCUCUGCUCACUUUGUACCUUUCUCUAUCUCCCUCUCCCAGUGUUUCUCUGCUCACUUUAUUUCUGUCUCUAUCUCCCUCUCCCAGUGUUUCUCUGCUCACUUUGUACCUUUCUCUAUGUCCCUCUCCCAGUGUUUCUCUGCUCACUUUAUUUCUGUCUCUAUCUCCCUCUCCCAGUGUUUCUCUGCUCACUUUAUUUCUGUCUCUAUCUCCCUCUCCCAGUGUUUCUCUGCUCACUUUAUUUCUGUCUCUAUCUCCCUCUCCCAGUGUUUCUCUGCUCACUUUGUACCUUUCUCUAUCUCCCUCUCCCAGUGUUUCUCUGCUCACUUUAUUUCUGUCUCUAUCUCCCUCUCCCAGUGUUUCUCUGCUCACUUUGUACCUUUCUCUAUCUCCCUCUCCCAGUGUUUCUCUGCUCACUUUAUUUCUGUCUCUAUCUCCCUCUCCCAGUGUUUCUCUGCUCACUUUGUAUCUGUCUCUAUCUCCCUCUCCCAGUGUUUCUCUGCUCACUUUAUUUCUGUCUCUAUCUCCCUCUCCCAGUGUUUCUCUGCUCACUUUGUACCUUUCUCUAUCUCCCUCUCCCAGUGUUUCUCUGCUCACUUUAUUUCUGUCUCUAUCUCACUCUCCCAGUGUUUCUCUGCUCACUUUGUAUCUGUCUCUAUCUCCCUCUCCCAGUAUUUCUCUGCUCACUUUGUACCUGUCUCUAUCUGCCUAAUGUCUAUUUCUUCACAUGUGCCAUCUCACCCCCAGUCCUUCUUCAUCUCUUGAGAGUCUCCCCUCAUCAUCUCAAUGUCUCUCUUAAAACUUUUUUUUCUUAUUAUUUUCCCACCACUGUGGCUCUCUAAGUGUAUCUUUAUUUUCACUCACAGUGGCGUCCUGUAAUUGUGACACCUCAUAGCUCCUCACAGCUUUCAUCUCAUCCAGUCUCUCCCUCUUAAAUGCCUGGGCUGGUGGUGUUACAUGACCAUGGGGGCAUAAUAGAAGUCUUCUCUGUGCAGUGAUAUAUAACAUGCUAUCAUUGUUCUCCCUGCCACACACAGCACCAUGAUUCUUAACAGUAGCAAUGACAGAAGUCUUUGCCAGAAGAAAUACAGGCCUUAUUUAUCCCACUUUGCCACAUCCUUUAGAUUGGAGGUUGUUUGGGCAAGGUCCACUUCACCUACUUUUCUCAUAUGUCAUAUAUGUUUUGUGCAAAUUAAAUGUUGUCUUAUUUCCUAUUGUACAGCGCUGCAGAAUGUGAUGGCACUAUAAAAUAAUUACAACAAAGGCGAUGUGUAUUUGUCUGAGGUGGGGCUCCUUCUAUUAAGAUAAAACCUCUCCAUUUAACUAAGUCUUUAAUACAUGGGAGCAACAAAACUGCAGAAUAAAAUAGAAUUUUUAAAAUAAAUGUACAUUACCCAUGCACAAUGCAUAGAUAACAUUUAUACUGUGACACCAGGUCUUAUUUGGCAUGCCAAGUGUACGUAAAGACAAAAGAUGCUGUCUUACCGGUUUAAUGUUAAUUGCUAAACAUUAUUAUUAUUUUUAUUUUUUUGCAGUAAUGAAGCAUCCUAUCUUGCAGAGAUGUUUGGCCCAAUGUGGAUGAUUAAAGUGUACACCUAUGAGUUCCAGGUCAGAAGACUGUCACAUUUUAUUCUGUCAAAAUAUGCUGCAUGACUGCUUUAUUUUAUCUACUUUAAAAUGUUCCACACACAAUCUUAAAGGAACACUCCAAUGUUAAAAAUAUACUGAAUCUUGAUAUGUUCCUUUUUUGUUUUAGAUUUAGGGCCCCCUUGUUUAAGGAAAAAUAAUAGACUCAUCCCUUUUCCAUUGCUGAGACAGUCUCCUCAAUGCAACCCAAUCUGCCUCACUUCUUGAGAUCAGCACUUUUAUAAAAUAAGCCACAGAAGCCCACCAUUUAAGAAAGCUAAGUGCUUUGGGAGAGUGACAUUUUUUAGGUGGGUAUAACUUUAGGUCACUCCACAUCCCUACACAUCUUUAGGUUACUGAAAAUCUUUGUGUGUGACGAGUGCGUUCUCUUUUUUCAUUUUGCAAAAAGUGCAGAUUUCAAUAGAAAUUGACACUUUUAUAAGUUAAAGGGACACUAUAGUCACUCAGACCACUUCAGCUUAAUGAGUGGUCUGCCUGCUGUAAACAUAGCAGUUUCAUAGAAACUGCUAUGUGUACAUUUGGGGUUAAGCCAGCCUCUAGUGGCUGUCUUCCGGACAGCCACUAGAGGCGCAUCUGCGACGCUGGAGGCAUAUUAUGCCUCCAUCACGUAGAGCAUCCAUAGGAAAGCAUUGAAAAAGCAUUGACUGCUGCGCAUGCACAUUCCGCUCCGCUGACAUCGGCGGGGGAGGAGAGGUAAGGGAGCCCGGCGGUGGAAGAAGGUGAGUAACUGAAGGGGGACCCUGAGGGUGGGGGCACCCUCAGGGUACUAUAGUGUCAGGGAAAACAAUUUGUUUUCCUGACACUAUAGUGAUCCUUUAACCCGGUUACACCCCCUUGAUGUUCAAGCAGAAAACAGGCAUAAAUUAGAUAUGUGUUGCUUUAGGAGCUGUUAUCUCUUUAGGUAAACUUGCCAUAACAGGUUUGCCUUAAUAUCUAUUAUUUGAGAGAUUCUUGGAAAUUCACAAUAUACUAAUCAUUGUGUCAAAAAAGGACACCACAGAGAAAUGUUAACCACAGAAAUGUGCUUUAUUCUAAACUCAGGGCUAAAAACUAUAAGGAAGAUUGCUAUGAGAAUUGUAACAACACACCUGUUUAUCAACACUUGCAUUUUAGAGGAAUUGCCCCAGAAGUUAGGGGUAGAUUUAAAAGAUUUUAGUCCAGUACCCCUUGAGGCUCACCCACUUGAACUCCUGAACAAAUAAACUUUGGGAGCCAGUAUCAGCUGAACAACACCAAAAUGGUUAAUGACAAUUGCUUGCCUGUCCAAACAUUUUGGAUGAAUAAAGAUAAAGACACAUUGUAAUUGCUCCCCUGUCAGAGAAGAGAGAACCAGGAAUACUUGUUUUUUACAAGUCCAGUGAAAACGAUUUGCUAAAACCACAACCACUGCUAUAAGUUGUAGUAGUUAUGGUGUUUGGGAUGUCUCUUUAAUUUUGGGUCCUGGGUUUCUGCGUGAUUUUUGUAACUGGCCAUUUCAAAUCUGCUGCAUAUUGUGCAAGGAAGACUAAAGGUGCAACUUGUGUCAAUUUUCCUUCCACUACAUGUGGAUUGAGCAAUGAGAGAGGAAGCUAUCCUCAAGCAUUCAUCAUUUUAGAAGAAUCUGACCCUUUUUUUUAAAUAUAUUUUUCUUUUUGUCUAGUAAGCCUAUUUAGUGAUACAUUUAUUUCAGGAAUAGUUUAGGAUUUUUUCCUGAGCGAUUAGGCUCCAAUUUAGACAAUUCAGUGGGGUAAAUUUUAUUUUUGCAUACAUUCGGUCAUUGACUAAAUAUUAUUAUUAUACUGAGUUUAUUUGCAGAAUUUGCUUUUACAAAUUAGCCUGUAUUCAGCUCUCUUCUAACAUUAUCUUGUUAUGUUUUUUGUCAGCUUAAAUACUAAGGCAAAAUUUGGUUGUGAGCACAGUUAUGGGGUUCUUCACCAAUAAUUCUUCAAAUAUAGGCCAAAUGCAUAUUUGAUGUCUCUUGUUGGUUACUGAAAAAUCAUUCAUAAUGAAUUAAUUCCAUUUGCAGAAAGCAUCUUGCUGUUUCUGUUGUCCAGAAGAGGACGAAGAUGGAGGUGAGAUGUUUAUAUGUGCAGAACAAUAA